AUGAGUGGGGUAGAAUUGCUGUUGUUUCAGCAGAAUCAACUGCUCAUGAGCCAAUUGAAAGAGUUGCAAGUGCAGGUGAAGUCAUCGCAAUCCCGUGCAGAGGCUAUCGCCACCAAUGAAGCCUUGCAAGCAAAGAUGUUCCACGAACCUAGGGAUUUGCUGGAAGGAAUCGAUCCUGGCUUGCAUCAUGUGUUUGAUGAGUUUGCCAAAGAAGUCAAGCAGCUUCUCAGUGCUUGGGAGACGCAAACCAAGUUGAUGGAGAAGUACAAAAGGCUAGAUGAAGAAGGUGCUAUGCACUCACACUUCAAAGCAGAAGCUGAUUUCAAAUGGCAGUUCACCAAAUUGUAUUUGGCCAAGGCUGUGCCGACUGCAGCUGAUGAUAUGAGUGAUGGACAGUUUUCAGUGGUUGAUUCUUGGGCAGCCAUGAGGGCUAGACACGCAAAAGAGUGCUUCCAGUUCGUCAUGCAACAUCAAGAGCAAUGCGUCAAACUAUAUGAUGAGUUAGUUGCAAGCUCAGCUCUGCAACAACUGCUUGCAGACAGGCUGGAUGCGUGGUUUGCCCAACACAAUUACGCUGAUGAGGAUAUCCGUCAUGCUUUGAAGCAUCGUGCGGCACAGUAUGUUGAGAGUUUGCUGCGCGUGGAAAGGCCAAGAGUGCAAUCAAGAAUGGUCAAAGACAGAGAGCAGCAACAAAAGCGCGAGCAAGCUCUUUUAGAAGCUAGAAGCAAAUGGGAAGAAAUGGAUGUGAAGGAUGUCUUGUCUCCAGCGUUGUUUGAGCUCAAACAACUGGAUGCAAGGCAGAAAAGGCCUACCAAAAUCAAGGAUGACAGUGCCUUAGCGUUUCUUGUAAAGGACAAUGCCGAGCUUUGCCAGAAACACAAGUUGAAGAUCGUUCCGGUCUCCGAGAUCGCCAAGUCGCAACCGGAGUACAUCGAGCAAGAGGGAUUCUAUGCAUUGCUUCACAGGCAAGCCUAUAAGGGUGUUCACAACCUGGUCCCUGCGGAGAUUUGCACCGUUCCGAAGUUUGUCCUUUUGCAUGUAGCCAAGGGUGGCAAGUUCAUCCCCAGUUGCAAGCCAACUUCUGUGUCAAAGAUUGUGGAAGGUUUGGACCAAUUGAGGAGGCAGCUUCUGCUGAGAAAGUAUUUUCGAUCCGAUACAAAAGCAGUUUCCAGAUGUCGCGUGAAGAGUGCCUGGCAACCGCCAAGUGAUCCUCACGUUGAUGCCUAUAUCAGACUGGCCUUGGGGGAGUUGGUUCAGUUUGAACCCAAGCCUUCCAAAUCAAACCAAACGUGGAUUGACAUGAAAGCACAGAUUUGGCUGCGACGCCACGCGGAAUUCAUUUGUAUUGUGGAUUGUGACAAAGGGCUAGGUGAUGCCUUAGUUUUGAGGUCUUGGAUUGUCGAGCAGAUCAACAAGCAACUUUCCAAAGGCUAUGUACAGAUCACAGAGGCUAAUUUUCUAUGUCGGAUGGGCGAGCUCAAGCAUUGCGCCGAUGCUCUGGUGCAACAUUUCGCUACCUCAGGAGUUCUUUCGAAAGCUGAGGUGCUCUUCCUCCGCAGCAGUUUUGAUCGGGCAACUGCUGGGACAUUUCGCAUCCUAGUCAAAGUACACAAAGACCCGAUUGGUUCCAGACCUAUUUGCAACAUGCGUCAGUGCUGGUUUCAGCCGUUGUCUGCUUUCUUGGUUGAAAAGUUGGCGCCUUUAGUUUCGCCUCUGGAUACGGUUAUUGUUUCUUCAGACCAACUUCUGCAGCAGCUGAAUUCGACGGAGUGCCUUCCAAGUAUGGUGUUAGUGACGUUGGAUGUGGUGAACCUUUAUCCUUCAAUCAACCGCCUACACAUGUUGUCAUUGGUUGCAAGGUUCCUGAGACAGCGCAUUAAGCCACAGAGCUUAUGCGAGUUCAUGAUUCGAGCGCUGGAGCUCGUCCUUGAUGCAUGUGUUGUAUCGUUCGGAGGAUGUUUCUACCAGUCCAAUGAUGGGAUUCCGACGGGUUUAUCGGUUGCCAGCAUCCUUGCAAACAUCUAUUUGUGGCAUCUCGACAAGUUUUUAGUGCAGCAGGGCGGGGAGCAAAUGCAAAUGAUACGACGUUUCAUUGAUGAUCUGCUUCUGCUUUGGUCUGGAGAUGUGAGCGAACUGGUUUCAUUGGCAAAUUCCUGGCAUGAGUCUCUGAGCUUUGAGCUCUCAGGCGUUGGUGAUGUUCAUUUCUUGGAUGUCGCACUCAGCAUCAUGCCUGACAGAAGGAUCCAUUGGGAGUUGUACCACAAGGAGCAGAAUCUUUACCUUUAUGUUCCUGCGCAGAGCAACCAUCCCAGCAGUACUUUCAAGAGUUUGCAGAUUGGUGGAGCUCUACGAUGUCAAAAAAGGAAUCGGUUGAGUUCCGAUGCUGCGGCAAGCCUAAAGUUUUUCAAGCGUCGCUUGAAGGAUCGAGGCUUUGACAUGAAGAAGUUCAAUGACACCAUCACAAAGUUUCGGAACCGUUCACGGAAACGUGACAAUGUUGUCAGGAAAGUCCAUCUCAAAGUGCAUUACAACAGAGAUGUCUCAGCAUUUUGGAUUGCGAGCAAACUGAGAAAAUUCUCAGCCUUGCUGAGGCAUAGUGUUCCAGAUGUACAGGUUGGCACUUGUUGGACUGUUGGUCGGAACCUUUUCAGACGUAGAUACCAGGAAACCUGGAAGUUUUUCAGUCAAAGGCGUGGUUGA